GUGCUAGCUCGAGCUGCGGUUCCUUCCCAAGUUGUCGUUUCUGCCAUAAAACCGCCCUUUUUGUCCUGACAGCUAAACUCUGCAUCAGUACAUCAAAUCCGCCAACUGAUCAUGGCUUGCGAGUAUGCGCUGGAAUUUCGAAUUCCGGUCAUCGAGGAUUGAGCACUCACCUGCGGAACCAGCGCUGGACCGGCCAGCACUGCACCGGGCUAUCGGCCAACUCGGGAUGCCGGACCACGCAUUCGUACUGCACGAGCUCGAAUAGCUCACAAUCCCUCGCCAAAUCAAUUCGACGCCCAUUUUCCGUCUUCCGCACUUUUCCAUCGGCACUGAUUUGCACCGCGCCCGAGAGGUGGCCGGCAGGGAAGGUUGGGCAAGGCGGCGCCAUCCCAGCAGGCCCGUCGUCCAAAGGGAUGCAGACGAUACGAGGCGCUGGUGUCGCGACAGUCGGCGCUCGCUUACUUAAUGAAGUCGAGGAGACAACUCUUGACGAAGUCCUCGCUUCUCUCCGCACAAGCCUGGCAACAACCAGCGAUGCGAACGACAGCAAUACUGGCAAUGCACGAAUACCAAACUUCCCAAUUGGCCCGCUCAAUGGGCUCGUCAACCGCCAUUUCCGCGCGACACAGUCGGCCGCUCUCGCCCUCACCGGCCGCCACCGCGAGCUGCUCUACGUUUUGGUCGCGACUCUGAUCAGCCCGCCGCAUGACAAGGCCGUAGCCAUCGUCGAUUUUGAAGGCCGUUUCGACCCCGUGCGGCUUUUGGCGACAUGCCCGGCUGACGAAGGCGCAGCUGCAGACCCGACAAAUCCUGGGUCCAAGCACCGCGCUACCGUCCAACGUGCCGACCUGGACCAUGUCCACAUCCUCCGUCCCGCCCGCGGCAGCGCCGCACAUAUCGCCGACUGCGUCGCUUGCAUCGAGAAAUACAUGCUCUACGGGUCACACCGGAGCCGGGGCCGAGAGUGGUGGGGUACCGUGGUCAUCGGAGGGGGCCUCAACCCGGCCGGGAGCGCCUCCGGUGCUGCCUCUGCCCAGGUCGCCGUCACGGCCGACUGGAAGGGCUGGCUGCGUGUCGACCGGGCAGAGGUGCCGAGCUUUUGGGAUAUGAGCGCCGCGGAGGCGCUUGCUGACCGGGAGAAGCGGCAGGCUGCGGUGGAGGACGCUGGAUGGGUCGCUAAUUCCCCGUGGGGAAGCUUCAUGAUCUGCAGGAGGGAGCGAGGAAGGUGAGGUGUCAGUUGAAUGCGGAAGUGACUCUACUGGUCAGCACUGGCGCAGGUACAUGCUGUUGACCCCGACGGCUCCCAGCGGCACUCAGACACAAGCAGCUUACUGCACAACGACAGUGGAUACUCUAGACAUUGGGGGAUACUGGGGUCUCCGGGCCGAAACAUUCAGCUGUAGCUUGAAUUUUCACUGCCCACACUGUAGUCAUGUCACUGGAAACUCUGCUGUAGGAUGUGCGGCUUUCGAACGCGCAGGUCGAGAAUCAUCUGGCCAAACAGCCCGUUGGCCCACGAGAACCUGCCAUGCCAGUCAGCAUCUUCUCUCGAGACCUUGAAACCAAGAAUGAAAGACUUACCACUGCC